AUGAACGUCUUGCCGCCCGUAUUGAAUUCCACAGCGGUGUGCAGUAGGGUUGACUUGGAAAUCAUCACACUGGCCAUUCUGUAUCCGGUCAUGCUGGGAUCCAUGGCGUAUGUGGGGCCGGCGUACCGCCUGGCACUGGACAACAUUCGGCAGAGAUAUCCUCGUUUAAACGUAACGCAUACGAUAAUUGCCGAUAAGAAGUACCCGGACUGCGGUGCCUUGGCAUUCGAUUCCGUGUUCCUUACCGCGAAACAAUUCUACACUACGGGGGCGCUGACUCCUGGGGAAUACGAUAGGAACUGCUCUGCCAGUGUAAUGGUUUUCAGCGGAUGUUCCGAAAUUGACGAUGUUGUGCCCUUCGUGACUCAACUGGACAAGCUGAUAAUAACAACUGUCGGAACUAACCCAAGUCUCCGUAAGAAAACAAUUACACCAACGUGGAUCGGGACAACGUGCAAUUCAUUCCAAAUUAUCGUGAGCAUGGUACUGAGUAUAGCGAAAAAGUUCCGCUGGACGUCCGUAGGUCUCAUAGCCGACACCGGUACCAAUCGCGGUUAUGAGCACUUUGCCAGAGAAUCGGGCAAAACUGUAAUUGCAAAUGGCGGUCAAGCUUAUCAGGAGUGGUACAACUCAAAGACUAUGACAAAUGAUGAACGGAUUGCUUUGCUUCGCCGUCUGAAUGAUCGAGCUCGAGUCUAUUUCUAUUUUGGCGAUUACGGGGAAUUUCGGCGGUUGCUGUUGGUGGCUGCAAAUCUCGGCAUGACCAAUGGCGAGCAUGUGUACAUACCAAUGGCGGGAUUUAGGAAAAGCUCGGAACCCGGUUACUAUUCGUGGAAUAAGGGUGAUGGGGACGACGAGAUUGCUAGACAAGCCUAUCGUUCGGUUUUGCUAAUGGAAUUUAACGAAGCAGUUUUCGGUAAAACCAACGGAUCAGAUAAUUUCACGCAACAGAUGAUUCAAGGAUCCAAGGAACUAUAUAAUUACACGUACCAGCCUUUCGAAUUGGUAACCCCACAUCCGGCAGCCACAUAUGCGACGAUGAUGAUCCUAGCUCAGGUAAUGGAGCAAUUACGGUCGACCGGGAAUCAAGAGGUGUGGUCGUCUGGGAGAAAACUAGCCAAGCUGUUCAUGAAUCGGACAUUCACCACCGAGGUCGGAGAUGUUUGUAUCGAUGAGGUUGGGGAGCGCUUGCCGGUGAUGAACUUGAACCAGAUAGACUGGAAUACGUCACGUGUGCGAAUGCUAUAUGUCCUAAAAGUUCCCGAGCUUACCUUAAUGAAAACGACCGAGGAGCCACAGUGGUUAAUUCCGUGGCCGCCACCGAAUGAACCUCAGUGCGGUUUCCGGGGUGACGCCCCAAUUUGCCAUCCGAAAGGUGCUUUGAAAACCAUAAUUGGCGCUAGCGUAGGUACCAUUACCGCCACGGUGUUCUUCGUAUUUAUUACCGCGAUUUUUGUGAGACGUGCCACGCAGAACGCCUUCACUUCCGAGGCGUGGCGGAUCCCAUCCGAACAACUGCAACCGGUGGAAGAGAAAAGCGAUCGCGUGAAGAUAUACGUCAAACGUAACCAAAUGGUGUGGAUAAAGCCGACGCACGUCGCCCCCGCACCCGCUGCCGUAACUACAUUCCCCCAUCUGAACAAUCCUCUGAUGGCAUUGCUUAAAACGAUACUUGACCUUGACCAUGCUAAUGUCUGUCGCUUCGCCGGAUUAUGUUUUCUUGAGAAGUCCGUGCUGCUGGUUUCGGAGUAUUGUCCGCGUAGUUCCGUUUACGAACUCCUGGCUAGAACCCACUUGGAGUUUGAUCUGCAGGCGUCGUUUUUGUUUGACUUACUUAAGGGUUUACAAGCAAUACACCGGUCGGCCAUAAAGUUUCAUGGUUUUCUCAACAUUCACUGCUGCUUACUUAAUCGACAUUUUAGCCUGAAAAUUGGGAAAACAGGUCAUACGCAAAUCGAGACCGUAUUAACACGAAACGGUGCGAUUCUCGAGCCUACUAACCUUCAUUUUACAAACAAAAAUGCCGCAUGUGAAGAAGGGCAAAAAAACGACAUGUACGCAGCUGGACUUAUUCUGUACCACAUCAUCAUCCAAGAGGAGCCAUUAGAUUCACGAGUGCUGAUGUAUAAGCGUAUUGCGGACCAUUCUGACAGCAAAUUCAGCAAACUGUUUCCGGCGCUGGUCAAAUGUUUAUCCGACGAUGCGGAGGACCGACCGAGUGUGGGUCAACUGCUGAAGCUGUGCUUUGAAGGCUUAGCCAUGAAAAACAAUGAACACCUAAUAGAAAAAAUAAUUCGCCGUUUGGAAAAUUACACGGACGAACUAGACCGACUGGUUGUCCUGCGCACCAUGGCGUUGCUGGAUGAACGGAAGAAAUGUGAUAUUCUUUUACGGGAAAUGCUGCCCAGCAUGGCAAUUGAGCAGCUGCGGAAAGGCAUUGUGCCGGAAGCUGAAAUGUUCCUUUCCUCCACAAUAAUGUUCACCGAGAUCGGAGGUUUUACAAACCAUCUGCAAGCAACGGAUCCGAAAACUGUAAUGAUGUUUCUAAAUAAUGUGUACACGUCGUUCGAUCGCAUUGUGGCAUCCUACGAUGUCUACAAAGUGGAAACAAUCAAGGAUUCCUAUAUGGUCGUCAGUGGUAUACCAAUACGCAAUGGAGAUCUUCAUGCGCAAGAAAUCUGCGCAUUGGCAACCGAGUUAAUAAAAGCCUACGAAAGUAUGGAUACGGUAUUCGACGGGACGUCAUUACGUGCCGGCAUCCAUAGCGGCAUGUGCGCCGCCGGUGUGGUCGGACAUAAAGUUCCCCGCUAUUGCCUAUUUGGAGACACCGUUAACACGGCUUCAAGGAUUUUGACCAAUGGUUCCGAUGGAAGGAUUCAUCUCAGCCAGAACGUCGCAGAGCUUCUCUACGGGAAUUCGCGAUAUAAAGUGGAAGAACGUGGAUGGAUCGAGGUUAAAGGGAAAGGACAACUGCAAACUUUCUGGCUGAUUGUUUCUUCGGCAUAA